GUUACCGACUACUGCCCUCCCGUAACCCAACAAAUCAACAAAUAAAGUACAUUACAUAAUCCGUUUUAGGGAUUGGCGACUUACCCAUUCAUAAAGAUUUAUUGGCAUUCCAGCCUUACUUCUCCUUUCAGGGCCUAUCCGAAAGAGAAUCCAGUACUUUCCGAGUCAUGAAUAUCUGAAUAGGACGAACCACCCCCCGGAUAUCUUUGCUUCGGAACAAAACAAUUAGAAUUAGGCCCGAUCAACUGGAAUGUAUAUUAUCCAUAUAGGGGUUUUCCAAUUGAGAAGAUCCAUCAACCUAAGACAAAGGGAAGGAUCUAUCUAUUUUAUUUAGGGUUUCACUACAGUUAGAUAAAUGUCAUUCCAUAAACAUCAAGUGAAAAUAUGGCAAACAAAUAAAAUAGCCUUAUGAUAGAAAAUAACAAUUCCAUACCAUAAUAAAAAGGCACAACAGUUCAAUUUCGAGUGAUGAGAGUUGAUAUAAAUCUAGACACUAGAGCAUUCAAUAAAGGGUCAUAUCAGCACUACUUGGUGAAAAAAUGUAUUUAUUCCCCAUUAACCCAGCUGUAUGAAUACAUAAUAACAGGUUACAUGAACUUUAUUAUAAUUUUAAGAAUUUGUUAUGGUGACUUGCAAGUCAUCGUGAAUUGGACAAAACGGUCGAUUGGUAAGCGUAUGUGGUAGUCUCAAUACACUAUUUUUUUUGUUUUUGGUUUGCUACAUUCAAUAAGCAGUAUACCUAAUGGCUUACAGGUCAACCUAACAGCUAAAGUGCUUUACCGCUUCUAAAAAAAUGGUCGACCUCACGUCAGCCUUUUGAAAGGUCGACCUUUUCUUGAUAUUGUCGACCACUUUGGUGGAAAGGUCAAACUUUCUGUUUAUGAGUCUCCUAUCUUAUGCACGAUUGAUCGUUCCAUGUUUAGGGUCGAUCGCUACAUUCCUUCAGAAAGACCAUAUUAAUAUAAUCGGUUGGCCACAACCACUUAACGAUCAACUAUUUUGUCCAAAUCAUUACUACUUGCAAGUCACCCAUAAUUUUAUAACAAAUUUUUUGGAUAAACUUAAAUUGUUUCGAAAGAGUUUUAUAAACAUCAUCAUUAAUUCGUUAUCAUCAAAAGAUGUAGACAUGGACAUGUCUAUCUGAGCACUCCCCAAUCCCAUCCAUCCCUCCAAUGGAAGAAGCACUGACCUUGACCAGGGCCAAUAAUCUCACAUCGCAGUGACCAAAUAUAGUCAGACACGUGUCCCCAUGCCAACACUAUAAUCCCCAUUCCAUCGCACGACCUCUCUGCCUCUCUGGCUUUCCUGCUGUUCUUCCUUCUCCUACCGCCAUUAAUAUUUAAGCAGAAACUGAAACGACUUUCUAACCCACAAUUGCCAUUUCAUGUAAUGUAAGUACAUCAUAAUGAAAGGAAACAAGAAUAUGCCAUUCAUGAGUUCUUCAGGAUUCCUGAUCAUCCCAUGGCUUCUGCUUGCGGAAUCCGCUGCUCUGUUUUCCGCCGGAGUGUCUUCCGGCGAGAGUACUCAGGCGGUUUUUGUGUUUGGGGACUCGAUUCUGGACACGGGGAACAACAAUUACCUGCCGACUUUGUCCAAGUGCAAUUUCCCACCGUACGGCAGGAAUUUUCCAGGCGGGAAACCCACCGGGAGGUUCACUGACGGGAAAGUCAUUUCCGACCUUAUAGCUGGAGAUUUGGGGAUUAAGGAUCUUCUGCCGCCAUACCUGGAUCCGAAUCUCGGAGCUCAAGACCUUUCGACUGGAGUGGCUUUUGCUUCAGGUGGAUGUGGGUUUGAUCCUGAAACGAUAAAGACUCUGGCGGCUCUAUCAGUCCCAGACCAACUCAAGCUCUUCCAAGAGUACAAGGGCAAGUUAAAAGGUCUUGUAGGAGAAGAGCGAUCAAACGUCAUUGUGAAUCAGAGCCUUUAUCUGAUCUCAUCGGGCAACAACGAUAUCGGACUUACCUAUUUCCUGACCAACAGGCAUCUGGAGUACGACAUGACUUCUUAUGCUUCAUUUCUUGUGACCCAAGCUUCUGAAUCUCUAGUUCAACUUUACAAACUCGGUGCUCGUAAGAUUGGCGUGUUUAGCACAUUAGUGUCCGGAUGUGUGCCGGAAGGAAGAACAGUAGGAGGAGGAGAAGAAAGGAAAUGUGCUGAGAAUUUCAACGAGCUAGCAAGGAUAUAUAAUGGGAAGCUUAGCUUUGAGAUGGACUAUCUGAACAAACAACUUCCUGGUGUGAAGAUGGUGUUUGUGGACUUGUUCAGCCCUUUGCUUGGAAUUAUAAAGGAUCCUGAAAGAUAUGGGUUUGCAGUAACAAAGGAAGGGUGCUGCGGGACAGGGUAUAUCGAGGCAGCAGUUCUUUGCAACCAAUUGAGCCCCUUUACUUGUGCUAACACUUCAGAGUUCAUCUUUUGGGAUAGUGUUCAUCCCACAGAGAAGGCCAAUAGAAUCUUAGUGUCCAAAGUUAGAGAUUCUAUAAAUGAGCUGUUGUGAUAUCAAUUGUAAACUUUGUCACCUCUCUAUUCAAUAAUUACGCAUAGGUUAAGUUGGGUUGUUAUCUUCUUGAUUUCUGGGUUAUUUGGAGCAGUUGGUUUAUGAGAAGGAAAAGAUAAUCAAAUAUUCUUUAAUAACCGGUUGUUUUGAAUCUUUGGAACUGCUCGAUGAAUUUAGUAAAUUUUUUUAGGUGGC